AUGGCGAGCAAGACGACGCGCCAAUCAGGAUGCAGGAAAAGUGGAACAGUAGUACAGAAUACAGAGCCAGUAGUUCGUGUGGGAGGCCAGGAGCCCCUUACUGCCUCCAUGCUGGCGUCUGCACCCUUAAAAGAGCAGAAACAACUCCUGGGCGAGCGACUGUAUCCACUUAUCCAGGUCUUGCAUCCUACUCUUGCUGGAAAGAUCACAGGCAUGUUGCUGGAGAUCGACAACUCUGAACUACUGCACAUGCUCGAGUCUCCAGAGUCCCUGCACUCCAAGAUUGAAGAGGCCGUAGCUGUGCUUCAGGCUCAUCAAGCCAAGGAACUGUCUGCAAAGUAAGGGGGCUCUGUAAGACAGGCAUGCACACUGAAGUACUGUGAGUUGUUCCAGAGAACGGGGAAAAGAAAACCACACUUCAGUCAUGCUAUUUAAUGCAUGGUUCACACACUGCAAAUAUCCUUUUGCUCUUCACAAUGUUAAGUUUGUUCUGAUUUUGUUUAUAAAAAAAAAAAAAAAAAAAAAAGUUACAUUACAAAAAAAAGGCUAAAAAGUAUUUUUUGAAAAAAUAAUUUCUUUGUGCAAUAAAAAUGAUCCUCUCUUAAUGGACAUGCAAAAAGUUUUUUGAGUGUCUUCUUAUUACAGUGAUUAUAAGUUUCUGACCGGUACACAUUUGCAAAGACUUUACAGAGCUUUUAUUAAAAUAAGCUUUAAGUUAAUAAACAUGUAUUAAAUUGUUCAGUU